AUGAGUGUUGCAAGUGGGCAAUGUGACACCGGGAUUAACAUUGGUAAACUUGUGCAAAUCUAUGAGACUGCAGCCCAUGAAAGAAUGGUGAGGGCAGUAUGGUUCUUUUUUCCUAGGGACAUACGCAAAUUCUUGGGAGAUUAUGAGCCAAAGUGGAAUGAGAUAUUUUUGGCUUCUGGCAAGGGUAAAGGCCUUAGCAAUCUUAAUCGUGUGGAAUCCAUUGUUGGGAAAUGUGAGGUUUUUUGUGCUUCAAAUGACCAGAGAAAUCCUCAAGCAUCUAAACAACAGUUGGAAACGGCUGACUACAUAUUUUACCGUCCUUUUGAUGUUGGAACAUGCAGAAUAUUGGAGAGCUUUCCAGAUCAAAUCUGUGGACUCGAAGGUUGGGCUAUUGUGGAGCUUUUUUUUAACAAAAGGAGAAAUCAGAUGCCAGGCAAACAUGGAACUCUCAAGACAAAUGUAAAAGAAUUGUCUGGAAAAUCAGGAGUUAUGAAAAAAAUGGAUGGUCGUGCUGUAAAGGAUGGCAAGUCUGGCAGCAGCAGCAACCCAGUGGUUAAAGAAUCUAAGACUGAUACAUAUAUUGGUCAACGACAACACUUUUCAAACAAGCCCAACACAUCAAAGUUUUCUAAGGAUCCAUUGCCUCCAAAUGCAGCACGUAACCAGCCUUUUAAGAAGAGAAAGCUUCCAGGGAUGAUUGCAAAGUAG